AUGGUGCAAUCAUUUAGUAAAUACGGUCGGAGUACACACAUUAAAGCCGACGUGAUUAUUCUAGGAUGCAGCCUUCCAGGUAUAGUUACCGCUCACAAGCUGAAGAAGAAAUUCGGAAACUCUAUGGAAAUAGUUGUACUCGAUUUAGCUGGAACAAGAAAAACCGACUCAAAGUGUAACGUGGCGUUUCAAUCUGAGGACACUGAUGAGGAGAAAACGGAGUACAUAUGCGACCAAACAGCAAAGCAGAAGCUGGAAAAUGUCGCUAGAUAUUACUUAGCUCUUUACUCUAAAGAAUUCAACAUUCCUCUUCCAGACGCAAUCGUAUCUCCAAACUACAUGGAGACACAUCUCACUAAACUUUUCGAAUGCAGCAACGGUAGCAUCGUAGAAUGUGCCAACAACUUCUAUGAUUUCGACUAUCUGAAUUUCCUAGAGAAGUUUGAACUAAAUCAAUAUCAAAACUUUCUAGACCAGAACAUGAAAAGCCUUUUCCAAACGAAUAAAGUUGACGACGACUCCGAGAGAAUAUGCUUAUUGUACUACGAUCAGACGACCAUGGAGGAAGAUUUAUGCGCUGCGUUAAUCUUUGGCGCAUCAAGAGAUAUAAUGCGUCUUACUGUUAGACUAGUAUGCGGUGAAAACGCGAAUGUAGUGUCCGUAUUAUUCUACUUACACCAAUGUUAUAGGAGCAGUAGUUCGAGGAAUCAUUUAGAUGGAGAUAAUACCAGGUUUCGUGAAAAGUUACUUGGCUUUUGUAGAAAACGACUGACGACGAAACUUCAGCAGAGCGUAGCAAAUAUCACGUACCCCGCGAAAACGAUAAAGGAAAUCCGUUCAUACUCUGAUGAAAAGGUCAUUCUUAAUGGAAUCAAAGGGGAAACGAGCUACAUUUGUAGUUCCCUCGCAAUGGCGUUAAGACCUGAUCAACUUAAAAACAUACAGAUGGGUCCUGAUCUACUGUCCAAGCGGGAUUUUGAGAUGACGUCCAAAAUGUGUCCUGGAAAAGCGAAGAAAUUUGUGAUCCAAUACGAAGAUCAUUUUUGGAGACAAUACGGCUACAGCGGAGACAUCCUCAGCCUUCGAGGACCGAUAAUCUGGGCGACAGAACGACCAAAAAUGUCGACAACCGGCAGCCAGGAAAAAUAUGCCGCUCUCGUGGGGUACUUGAAGGUUAAGGAUAAUUUGACGAAUAGGAAAGAAGCAGUGAUAGAACAAUUGAUUCGUUUAUUUGGAGAGGAAGCAAAUAAUUUGGUCAGCUAUAAGGAAACUGAUAUUGAAGAUGUGUUUGUCCCGCGUUGCGGUGAUUAUAUUGCGCUGAGAAGAUUAACAAGAACCAUUAAUUCUACACUUCUGGAAUGGGGUGCGUUGGAUGUCUUCGCUGAUGGUGAUGUAGCUGCGGCUUUAGAAGCUGGACACACCGCCUACCUGCAUUUGCUGAAUUGUCUUCGUCCACAAGCCCAGACGUAUGAGGACUUAUCCGCAGCUGAGUGGCCGACGUUAUUGGCUGAAAACGGACUUUCCAAGUGGAUAGCAGGAAUAAAUAUUGUGAAGGGAAUACGGCUAACUGUUUAUACAAGUCUGUUUUAUGUAGGUUUUCGUUUAUUGCGGUCUUAUAUACGAAAGUGA